AUGACAACGGCCUUCCGAGACCCGCAGCCAAAAGGCCUCUUCUUCGACGUCUUCGGGACAUGUGUCGACUGGCGAAAGACAGUCACGGACACCUUGUACAAAUCAGCCAAGGAGGCUCUCGAUUCCUCGUCUUCAAUCAGCAGCGAUGUCCGAUCAAGAGCCUCGGCGAUGACCUACGAACAAUGGGGAGAAAUCGCCCAAGAAUGGCGAAACACCUACUACGCCUUUACCCGCGCCAUCGCCAACGACGCCAGUCUCCGCUACAAAACCGUAGACCAGCACCAUCUCGAAGCCCUUCAAGAAAUCCUCUCCAACCGCGGCCUGGUCACUUCUGACUCCACCGGUUCACUCUGGAACGAGGAAAAGGUCCUCCAACUCAGUCUUGUCUGGCACUACCUCGACCCCUGGUCCGACACAGUCCAAGGCCUCGCAAUGCUGAACAAGAAAUUCACCACCGCGACGCUCUCCAACGGCAACGUCGCCCUACUAGAGGACAUGAAAGCCCACGCCAAAAUGCCCUUCACGCACAUCUACUCCUCGGAAAUGUUCCAGUCGUACAAGCCCAGUCCGAAAGUGUACCUCGGCGCCGCGGAGAAGAUGGGCUUGAAGCCCGAGGAGUGUAUGAUGGUGGCGGCGCAUUUGGACGACUUGAAGCAUGCGAAGAGCAAUGGCUUUUGGACGUUGUAUGUGGAGCGGCCGAGGGAGGAGAGGAAUCCGGAGUGGUUGGCGGAGGAGGCGAAGGGGUGGGUCGAUGUUUGGGUGAAGAUGGAGGAGGAUGGGUUUGUUGCUGCGGCGGAGAAGUUGGGGAUUGAGAAGUAG